CAAUCGGUGUGGACCUGGUGCCGGCAGCGGAGCUGGGCGUUCUGGAAGAGUCUGAACGCAUGCGCAGUACGGCAAUCGACAAGGGCAAAGGGAGAGCUGUAUGACUUUCUGCUUGUGUAAAAGAGCUAAUUAAUACAGACAAUUCAAUAAAUUAUAUAAAAAAAAAAAUAACAGCACAGUAGGGGAGUGAAGAAUGUGACGUUGGACAAAAUUACAGUGAUUGGCGUUUUUCAAGAGGCGACUCAACCUUCUCUGCAGGGAGCAGGAGGAAGAGUGAUAUCGAAUUUCACUGACGUCAGCUACCCUGUGGAAUACGGGAGCCAAUCAGAUUGCUGCUUGUUGCCAGGGUGAUGAUUGUGUGAGUUUCUUUAUUUGAGCUCGGGGAGAGAUGGCCGGGGAAGCCUGUACUGUCCCACUCUGUCCUUCAAGAUCAGUGUAGCUACACCUCGAGAUUCUUUGGACAGUCUUUGUAGAAAUAGUACCACUGCGCCCCUCCUGGGGUCUCCUAACACAGAGCUCUCGGGGCGGCUGGCUCUCGUCUCCGGUGAAUGGCACUGCCGCUGUACCGACAGGGCCUGGCUGUCCGAGGCUGGGCUGGCACGCUGGGAGGAGUCAGUGGCAGAUUUGGUAGGCAGACCAGCUACUGCAUCAAAGGAAGACAGGGAGACCUUCACUGUCAAUGGAAGCCGAAGGAGAAACCGGAUUGGUGCACUUGUGGCACUGUCCGUCCAAUCAGCAGCUUGCCCGGCUCUCUAUCCCCACCCACUUGUCUGCGCUACCAGACCACCAGCCAAUUAGGGCUGGAGUCUGUCCUGCGAGCGACCAAACGUCAAUCACCGCCCGUGGAGCACAGUCAGAUCAGUCUUCCGCACCUCCUCCACUGCAGACAGGGGGCGAUGCAGGGAGAAGUGCGGGUCCGCUCCCUCAUCUACAUCCCAGAUGACAAGAUCAGCCUCUGCUUGCUGGUGGGCAGCCAGGGACACAAGACCCUGGUGGAGGUGCCUUACUCUGGGCUCGACCGUCUAGAUGAGCUCCUGGCACAGCAGGUCUCUGAAUAUAAACAGGACGAGGUUCUCCUCUCCCAGCUGGUUGACUCUGUCACGACAGUGGACGGCUGCAGGGAGGACGACAUCAUGGUAGAGUCGCCCAGUCCCGGUGCACCCUGGGAAGGCUCGGCCCAGUCCUUUGACAUGAACGAGAGCCACCUGGACUCCUUCCGCAGCCUGUUUGACAGCCAGUGGUGUAGGAUGCCCUUCCAUGCUGGGUUUCAGUACCCAGACUCGCUGCCCACGCGCGGAGGGGGGUUGGUGGUGUUUGAGAAGAGCCAGGUUCUGAGAGGAGGGCAGUCCGAGAAGAGCGAUAGGAACAUGGAGCAGCACCUAGCUAACAUGCACGACAAGCUGCGCAGGGAGUUACCCAACUUCUUUCUGAAGAACCAUGACUACAAUAUAUAUUCCAAGGAUGUGGAGUUUAUCAAUGAGUUUUUGCACAUGAAGACCAAAGGCCGGGGGAUGUACCAGGCAGCCCUGACGCUGUGUCGCUUCCUUGCCUGGAACUACUUUGCAGAUAUUCAGAUGGAGGUUCUGAAGCUGACCCAGCACCCUGAGAGCUGGAGCGUACAGGCACGAUGGCGGGUCCGCGGGCUGCCUCUGCACGUCCUGCUACUGCGCUUCUACAGGAGGGACAAGAGCGACCUCUACAGGACCUACGAUGCCUUCUCUACAUUUUACCUGGGAUCGGAUGGGCUCAUUCACUGUCACAAGGUAGACAAGAUGAUGCCCGCACAGCCCCCUGCCCAGAAGAUAAAGGGACUGCUGGUCCGCGCACUCGUGGCAUUGGGCAUACAAGAGCACCAACCCGCUCUUAACCUGCUGCUCAUACAGCUGGCACUGAAACUGGGGCAGCGGCACUGCUGAAGGACUGGCAGAGAAAAGACGUUGAGCCCACACAUUGAGAUGUUCUGUACAGAGAAGCGUGGCAGACUGAUUCCAGUGGUGGAGAUGUACAGUUGGGUUUUAGUUUGGUGCUGGACUUUGCAAUACCGAAUUGAAGGAUGCCAUUUGGCAAAAAACUCUGCAUGCUGCAAAAUGCGGUGCCUAGGGCUGAUUCAUUAGCACUCCCCUGUUUUCACCACUGAGACCUGCUCAGGCUAUGAGGGAAGUUUAGUGAUCAGAACCUAGUCCCACCCCCCCAGAUUAGUGCCAUUUACAUCACAAAACUAAACAUUUUACAGUUUCGCGCAAUGGGAGUCUUUGCAUGAAGCAGAGCAUUGGCUGGCUGACAGACAGACGGAGGGUGUUCAGCUCAGGAUUGAGGUGUGCUUGCGUACAGAGCUGCACGAGGAAAGCUCUCAUUGCACCUGCCAGCCCCAAGCCUGACUCAUUUGAGCGCUACGUUUAAAAAGAAAAAAUGCAUGGCGCCGUACCAAUCAGGGCACGAACACUUGAACAGGUGGGUUUGGGACUCAAAAAGGUUUCAGGGGGCCACUUCUCUAGACUCGGCUCUUGUUUUUUUUUUUUUUGUUUGUUUCUUAUACAUCUCAAGCUUGGCUGUGCAAUCACAAUAAUUGGCGUUUUACAGAAGAGUAAAAUUAAAGAUCUUGGUGUAUUUUUAAUGAUAUGAUUAGUAAUUUGCUUUUUGCACUUACAGUGUGACGGGAGACCCAAGUACCUCAAAGAGAGUUUGCUAGAAAAUGUUCGACAGCCUCUAAUCACUCUUAUGAUCCACCGUUGGUUGUCCAAUUUUCAUUGCUCUGUGUUUUUUUGUUUUGGCUUCACCCACCACCCUUGCAAGUGUUACAUUGUAUAACCACCCUUUGAAUGCAGCUCCAGAGCGGCACAACACGCCUACAGCUACAGCCAAAAGUGUUGCAUCACCUCAAAUUCGGGGGGUUGAGACAUAAUUCAAAAUAAAGAAAAAUACAACUUUAUGAACAUCAUUUCGAUAUUUUAUUUAACAUCAUGUAAUCAAAGAAACAACAAAAUGAUUUCGCAAAUAAAGUCUACCGGAAAAAUAGUAGUACUGUUAGAUUUCAAAAUGUCACAUUUUUCAAUUUGUCAUUUUUUUCAUUAAGUAUAUGGAAAACUACAACACGCUCUGUCAUUCAAUAUGUUACCGUAACAUUAUUCAGCAGGUUUCAUUCGACGUUAUGAAUCAAAAUUGGUUAAUUCUAUAGGGUGAUGCUAAACCUUCGGCCAUAGCUGUAGAUCUAGGACCACCUUCAUAAAACUCAUCUAGAGCCUUUAUGAAGUAUACCUGCUUAUUAAGAGCACAGUUUGCCUCAAGGAAAGGUAGCAUCGCAGAGAAUAAAAGCAGCCCAAUGAAGCUCUUUCACAGGGACUCAAACGUCUGUGGACUGAGCGCUAGCAAGAACAUUGUAAUUGCAAAGCUUUCAAAGCUGGCAUUGUUGUUACUUGCAAUGCUCUUGGUCUCGGCCGUGCGAGAUGACAUCCUUCAAUCGGGCAGCGAUGUUGUGUGUGUUUUUUUUUUGUUUUUUUUUUCACAUUAGCAUUCAAAACCGAUUUGAAAUCUUUUUUUUUU